CUUCUGUCCUCCACCCUGUGUGUACAUCAGCGGUCCUGGCUGGAGGACCACUCAGGAUCAUCUCAAAGCUGCAGGUUUUGGGGAAUCCGUCUACCGUCUGUACGGAUACAUGUGUCUGGACUCGUCUUCUCACUCCCAGGCCGACGCCUUCAAACUCCUCUUUGAGGAACAGAGCGGCUCAAAGAUGUUUGCCUCGGCCAAGUCUCUGUUCAUCUCUGAUCAGGACAAGAGAAAACAUUUCCGGCUGCUGCUGCGUCUCUUUCUGGGGGACAGAGUGGAGGUGGGAUCGUUCCAGAGCCGACUGAUCAAAGUCAUCUCCAAACCCUCUCAGAAGAGACAGUCCAUGAAGAACGCCGACCUGUGUAUCUCCUCCUGCUCCAGAGUAGCCCUCUUCAACCGCCUGCGCUCUCAGACGGUCAGCACCAGGUACCUGUCGGUGGACAGAGACACGUUUGUAGCCAGUGCCAGACAGUGGACAGCCUUCACUAUCACCAUGGUCGAUGACCACAGCAGUGACCAGGGAGACUUUGUUGUGACCGACUGCUUCAUCUGUUACGGCAGCGUCGUUCAGUUGGUGUGUACCGAGUCGGGGGUCGCUCUGCCGCCAAUGGUGAUCCGUAAGGUUAACAAGCAGCAGGUGAUCAUGGACGUGGAUGAACCUGUGUCGCAGCUCCACAAAUGUGCUCUGCAGUUCAGAGACGACCCUCUGACCUACCUGUGUCUGUCCAACGACAGCAUCAUCCAACAGCAGGCCGUGUCCACAGUCAGGGACCAGAGCAGGGUGGUCCUCAACGACGGCUCCUGUUGGACCAUCAUCGGAGUGGAAAUGGUGGAGUUCGCCUACAACCAGGGCUCCACCUGCAUCCAGACGCCUGUCAGUCCGUUUCCUGUCGUCACAGGGUUGGAGUUGAACGGCGGAGGUCACGUGGCCACGCUGGAGGUCCACGGAGAGAACUACGGCCCUCAUCUUAAGGUCUGGUUUGGAAAUCGUGAAGCGGAGACCAUGUUCAAGUCUCCUAAAGCUCUGAUUUGUGUCGUGCCUGACAUCUCUGUCUUCGCCACAAGUUGGCGCUGUCUGCGUCAAACAAUCACUGUCCCACUGUCGUUGGUGCGAUUGGACGGCGUGAUUUACCGAACGUCCUUCACCUUCACCUACACUCCUGAGCUCCAGCCACCUCCACCUCAACGAGCACCGGGCUUAGCAGCAGGAGGACGGAGGAAGGACGGAGGAUUGGACGGUGGACAGGAGCAGGAUGUUCUCCUGGAGACCAUCCAUCAGGAGUUCACCAGAGCCAACUUCCACCUCUUCAUGCAGAGUUGACAAGCUGUCCUCAGGAGAAACUUUGGAGAUGAGUCGUCGUCGACACUGAUGGAGAGACACCGGGGUCUCGUGUGGAUAAGAAAAACCUUAAGUUUAAAAGUGUAACUUAUCGAAUUAGGAAACGUGAUUAAAGGAUAGCAGUCGCUGA